AUGAAGAAAAUACAAGAAUCUGCUGCUUUUCAAUAUAUUCGAAGUCGAUUUGAACAAUCUGAUGCGAAACAAUUGGAUCGUUUUUUUCAAAUUUUGAUCGAUGCUCCUAGAAAUCCUAGUUUAAUAAAUAUUGAUGGUCAACUUGAUCUUCAUGCUGUACUUGCAACACCAUUUGGACGUCAAUUAAUCGAACAUGAUGAUAUACUUGAAACACCUUUGAUUCUUUUUCUCUGUGGACUUUUCAUUUAUCCUAAUUUAUAUCAAGGACGUCGUUUACAAAUUAUCUCCAAUUGGAAACAACUUCAAAAUCAAAUCAAUAUUCGUACAUUGAAUCCAUUUGAUCUACUUAUUUAUUGUCCAAAUAAAAAUUCGUUUGAUUGUUGUCUAAUUUCUAUUGAAAAUGGCUCUCAUUCAAUAUUGAUUCAUAUGUUUAGUUUACAACAAGAUAUUGUAACAAAUGAAUUGAAUAUGAUUUUAAAUGAAAUUUUACCUGAUGAAAUCAAAUAUCAAAUUGUACAAGAAUAUUUACCUCAUAUUGAUGGAAUUCUAUCAGAUAAUGAUCAACAAACAUUUGGAUUUGCUUGUCUUUUAUAUUUAUAUAAAAAAAUAAAUACAUCAAUGACAAAUUCAAUAAGUAAUAUCUACGAUCAAAUAAUUAUUAUUUAUGAUCAACUUAAACAAUUUGUUAAACAUAAUGCAAUCGAAAGAAAACCAUUGAUAAUUUUUAUUUAUCAACAAUUUAUUCGAUUAGAAAAUGAAUUUGAAAAUCUUCAAAAACCUAAUCUUAAUGAUGAUUUAUGGAUAACAAUAAUUCAAUCAAUGUGGACAUUUAUAAAACCUUAUCAAGAUGCUUUUUCAUCAGUUAUUGUACAAAAUAUUUAUCAAGAAUUAAAAUAUUCAAUUCAAUCAAUUCAACCACCUGAUCUUAGUAGUUGUUUAACAUCUUUAGCAUUUAUAAAAUCUUUAACAACAAAUUAUAGUUGUGUUCAUAUGAUUGAUGAACAUUUACUUAAAAUUGGUAAUUUAAAUGAUAAUAGACGUGUUCAAGAUUUUCAACUUCUAUUUGAUUUUAUUAAAAAAUCAAUUCAUCUUCUCAAAUUAAUCAUUCAACAUGUUACUUUUGGUGGUUAUCAAUUUCCAGAUGAACUCUAUAAAUCUACACCAGAUACAAUUGGACAUCUUGAAAUGAUCUUUCGUUCAACAUUAUCAUUGAUUGAUAUUGUUAAUGGACAUAUAAAAGUUAGUGUCAAACAAUCGAAACAACAAUUUAAAGAAUUUCAAGAGAAAUUAGAUCAAUGUUUAACAAAUCUUCAUUUACCAACUUCUCUUCUCUCACGUUUUGGACUUAUUAAUUUUGUUACGUUUCUAGCACCAUUAUUUGAUGAAAAUCGAGAAGAUCCUUUAUUAGUUAAUUUAGAAUCACAUGGAUCAAAGACAAAUUCAUUUACAAAUAUUGAUCCAAAAGACUAUCGAAGAAAAACAAUGCAAAGUAAAAUCGAUGUAACAAUAACUAAUAUUAACAGUUUAUUAUCACGUGCCGGUCAAUUACCACUUCGACCUCAUUAUAUUAUUCAACAUAUACAUCAAACAUUACAUAAAUUAAAAACAUUUGAUAUUGAUCAAGAAAGUGAAACAAGUUUUAAUUGGCUUCUUUCUGAAGAACGAACGUUGACUGAUUUACUUGAAAAUUUUACACGUGAAAUUAAUCAAUAUACAAUAUUUCAUGCUCCAUUACCAAAUGAUCGACCUAUUCAUGAAUUAAAUGAAACUGAAAUUCAAUUAAAUUCAUCUCAUAUAAAAAUAUCUAAUCAUCAAUCGGAUAUAAAAUAUUUUUGUGAAAAUAUUCAUAAUAGUAGUAAAAUUCAUCCAUUCUUAGAAAUGAGUCAAAUUAUUCGAUUAACUCAUGUACAAGUAUCAAAUCAAACAUGGAUACGAGCAAUGUGUCUAUUGACAUCUAAUCAAAAAGAUCAGUUGAAAACAAUUUUAAUUACUCUCAAUGAUGAUUUAACUAUGCAACUUGAACGAAGUUCAAAUAAUAUUGAUAGUGAUCGAACAUUGACUGAUAAUAUUGCUUUGGCUUAUGCUCAAUUUCGAUGUGAUCUAUUAAAUGAAGAAGCUAAUCGUGAUAUGUUAUCAAAUUAUAUUUCUGUUGCUCAUAUUUCAACUGAACUUCAUGAAUGGACAAAAAAGGCAAAUUUAAAUGUAUUUAAUAUGUUAGGAAAUAUUAAACGAAUUCAUGAUGAUUUAAAUCUUGCACAAAAUCAAAUGAAAAAUUUUCCAUCAGAUUCUAGUUGUAAUCUUUUACCGGUUGAUAUAAGACCAGAAGAUCUACUUUGUCUUCUUGCACCAGAACAUACUUCGAUUAUACAAAUGAUUUGUUCAAAAUUCAAUGAUAUCGAAUUAUUUCUCUCAUGUCGUACUGAUAAAGUUGAACCAAUGCAUUUAUCAGCUACAUUAUCAUCCUUAACAGCUACUCAUGGUCUAUCAAGCUAUAUUUAUCGUCAUCAAACAUCGAUGAUAUCUUUAUUUGAUCGACAAAAACAUAUUCAUUAUAUUCUCAAUGCAACAGUUAAUAUCAUUCAACAAUUGAUUGAUUUAUGUAUUGAUCCACAAAUUCAAGAAAGUCUUCUAAUGAAAAUUUGUACAAGUGUUAAAGAAUUAUUUCCUAUUCAAAUGGCAUUGGCGUUGAUAUUAAUGAUUUUAAUCGAUUGGGCAGCAACAAAUCUUGCUGAUUUUAAAGAAAAUCAACAUUUAUUAAAAUUAACAACACUAAAAAAUGAUGAAAUUGAAUUAUUAAAUAUAAAAACAAAUCUCCAUCAACUUGAACAAGAAGCAAAUAAAUUAGAACAAGAUUUAAAUAAACGUCGACGUGAACGAGAAGAUGCUGAAUUAGAACGUAAUAUAGCUACAAUUGAAGAUCAUUUUCUUGUUGAAAAUCUAGAUAAAAAAGUAAAUGAAUGUUAUCAACGUGAAGAAUCUAUUGAAAAAAGCAUAAAGAAAAAACAAACUGAAAUAACAAUAGUUAAACAAAAUCUUGAACAAUUAACAAAUUCAUAUAAUCAUCAAUUAGAACAAAAACAACAACAAUGGAUGAUUAAUCUUCUAAAUUAUUUUGAAAAUAUCUCUCAAAUCAUUAAAACAUAUAUUAUUAGUUUAGGAAAACGAUCUGAAUCAAAUAUUUCAAUAACGACUGAUCUUAAUACUCUUCUCAAAAUUCCAGUAUCAAUUGCUUAUCAAAGCUUACUUGAAAUAACAAAAACUUUUAUUGAUGAUAGUCAAAUUGAUAGUUUACAAAUAUCCAUGUGUGAAAUAUUGAAUGAUGUUCGAUCUCAUUCAAUGUCUUUAGCUGAAACUGAUCCUAUGAAUUUAUUUAUUUCAUUCUAUUGUGACGUGAUAAAUAUUUCACUAUCAUCAUUAAAGAAUUCAUCAAAAAGUUGGAAACAUUAUUCUAAAAUACUUGAAACAUCUCAAAUGAAAUUUUAUAGUGAAAAUAAAAAAAAACAAAAUUUAUGUCAAUUAAAUUUAUCUAUACGAGAACAAUGUUCUUUAUUUCUUAAUCAAAUUCGAACAGGAUAUGAACAAAAUGAUAUUAUAAAAAAUGCUCAAAUUAUAAGUAAAUAUGUACGUAGUGAAGUAAUAAAAUUUGAUACUUUAAUGGCUAAUGAACAAAAUAAACAAGUUCAACAUUUAAUUCGAGAAUUUGAACGAUUUGUUAUUUAUUUACUUAUUGCUGGUUGUCAUUAUUUACAAUUACAACGUGGAAUACGUGAAUCACUUGAUGAUAUUUUAAUAGGUAUAACAACAGAAACAAUUGAUUUAUCGCAAUUUCCACGUACAGAAAUUGAUCUACUUAAUUUAUUAGAUCGAUAUGAAAUGCAAUUAAAAAGUCAUAGUGAUACACUUUUAUUUCUUCCAUUACAUCUUUGUUUUGCAUUCAAUUCAAAUCCAUUUAAUCUUUUUGAUCAAAUUGAACGUUCACUUCAAAUUUUAAUACAAUUUAUUUUACCAUCGGUUUUUCUAAUUGAACGUACAUGGUCAACAAUUGAUAAAUUACUUGAAAAAAUUUCUCAAAAUCUAACUGAUAAUGAAUAUCUUAUUAUCAAUGAUCUAUGUAAUAAAUUCUUAUAUUUAACAGAUGAAUCAUGCUUAAUAAAUGAUCAAGGUGAUUUUGUAUCUAAACAACUUCAAACAAAUUUAUUUGAAUGUUUAUCAAAAUUAAUUGAUAAUUUAUGUGAAGAAUUAUUAAAAAAUCGAUUAAAUAUGAAAUUAUUUUGUGAUGAUCUUAAUCAACGAUGGCAUUUAACAAUGAAAGAAAUGUUUCGUGGAUUUAUUAAAACACAAAAAUUUCAUAUUCAUCGACAACUUACAUGGAAUCAACGUAAAGUUAAACAAAUUAAUAGUUCAUUAUUUUCAUCUGAAAUCAAUGAUACACUUCGAUUAGCAGAUAUUGAAAAAAUUCUUCAACGAAAAAAUACCAUUCUUCAAUCGAUUAAUUUAAAUCAACGUUCAAAAUAUUUAAUGAAUAUUUAUUAUCUUCAAACUAUUUAUCAAUUGACAAUUGGUGGUAUUGAUAAUUUAGAAUUAAUCAUUAUGAAUAUGCCAAUGGAAAAUAUGGAUUAUGAUCUUUAUUUUAAAUUACUUUAUUCAACACGUGAUAUCUAUAAUUUAAGUGAAAAAUUACUUCUUGAACAACCUCUUAUGAAUUUUAUUCAUCAUAAUCAACAGAUUGAAUUGGCUUUUAAAUUACUUGAAAAUAUAUAUCGACAAGAAUAUAGAAUUUUUCAAGAUUUUUAUAUUGUAUCCAAAGAACAAGUAGAAAAUAGUUCUAAUGAUUUAUGGAGUUCAAUUGAUUUUCAUUCACUUGUCAAACAAGUAACAGAAGCUAAUGAACAAUGGAUCAAUGCUGGAAAAGAUUUUAUACAAUUACGUCGAAAAGUUCGAACAAACGAUGAAGCUCUUAUCAAAAAAGUCAAACGAAAAUUAAUGAAUUUUGGACGAAGUUUAAUUUCGAUUUUUUCAUCCAAUACUUAUAAUGAUUUUGAUGAAUGUUUUGCUGUGUUACUUCAAGAUAUUCUCUUAUAUAUGCAAUCACAACAACAUGGUAUACAUGGAAUUUUUACUAUGGCAGAUCAAGGUGAAUUAAAUAAGAUAAUUGAUCUACAUAAAAGAUAUCAAUCAUCACAUAAUCUUGCACUGUUGAAUAAAGAAUUAUUUCCAACAUCUGAAAAUAUAUUUCUUUUACAAAUCGAACGUUUGAACAAAUAUUUGAAGGAAAUUUAUAUUUCGUUUUGGAAUUCAAAUAAAGAAAAAUCUCCAUGUCUUACUUUAACCAUCUCAUUAAACAAUGCAUUGACAAAGAUCAAUAUUGUUCUUAGAACACAAAUAACACAUUUAGCCAUUCAUAACUUUGAUAUUAGUGGCAUGAAAAUGAGAUGGUCAACACUUGUUGAUAAUCAAAUACCAUAUCAUAUAAUAAAUAAUUUGAAAUUAACAUGUCAACCAAUUUAUCAAAAAUAUUGCUUUACAGUAAAUGGCGUUGCAAGUGAUUUGAACAUAUCAACCAUUCCAUCAAUUGGUGACUUACAAAAUAGUUUACGUGAAUUAGAAGAACAACUCAUUGUUCAAAAUCAACAACAUAAAGAAGAAGAAGAAUUUCAAUCAUCACCUAUUACUCGAGCAAUUCAAACAUUGACUAAUCAUAUGAAAGAAAUUCUUCCGAUGAUAAAUUGUCCAAAACUAGGUCCAAAUGAUUUAUCAACUCCUUCGAAUAUCUAUCAUCUAUUCAUGCAAUUACCACAAGUUGAUGUACUAAAGAAAAUCUUCGAUCUAUUAGAUAUCAAGGAAUUUGCAUCGAUUUCACCAUUAAUACAAUUCGUUCAUGAUGACGAUCCAGCAAUAAGACUCUAUUUUCAGUCUGUACAAACUUAUUCAAUGGAAGCAGCUUUUAGUUCAAGUCGACAAUGUCUAUUAGAUGCUAAAGCUCAAUUACAACAUUUCAUCAAUAAUUUACACUUGAAUCGAGUACAUCUGGUUCUAAUUUAUGCAUGGACUAAUGCUCUUUCGAUUCAUGGAUCUUUGGAUACUCAACAAGAAUUUUCUACUAUGUUGAAUGAAUGUACACAGUUGAGUCAAAUACCAAUGGAAAACAAUCAAGAAAAUGUUCAACAUUUGAAUGAAUGUCGACGAGUAUUGAAAGAUGCACAACGUAUCUUUCGAACAAUUAAACGAACAUCAAAUAAUUGGAUUGAAAUUAAACGUCUCAUAAGUUUAUCAUCCUUAACUAUUGAGGAUAAUUUCACUAUGGCAUUUAUUCAUUCAGAAAUGAGUCGUGAUGCUCAUUUAUGGUUGAUUGAAACAAUGAAUAAUGAUGAUAUAUCAACUAGUCUAACAUGUCAUCCAAAAAAGGCUAUCCUUGAUUUUGGUAGUACACUCAGUGGUAUUCAUCAACGAUUGACUCAACGUAUAUUUAUUCAUAAUCAUACUGAUCGAGAUUUGAACUUGCGAGUUGAUCGAACUAUUACGGAUGAUACUGCAUUCGAUGUGACGAAUGAAAAUGUACAAGUUAAUGCUGGUGAUAUGUGUGAAUUUGAAAUAUUCUUAAGACCACCGGCAACGAUUGGCUCAUUCAAUGAAAAUUGGAAUCUUCUUAUCGAUAAUACAAUUACUCUUUCGAAUGUCAUUCAAACUCAAAUUCAAAUUGUCGAGAUCGAUGUCGAAAAAUCAGCUGAUACCAUUGAUUUUGGUUUUGUAGCCUGUAGUAAUAAUCGAAUCGAGAAAACAAUCGAUCUGAAAAAUGUUCUAACAUGUCCUGUACGUAUAAAAUCACAAUUACAAGCAACUGAAAUCAAUCAACGACAAUCUCAUUUGCUUAUUCUCAACAAUGAAUUUGAUUUACCAGCUAAUUCAAUUUUACCUUUUGGUAUCGCACUUGAACCAACUGAUAACAUCGAAGAAGAUAUCGAUGCAGAUGUUUGUCUGGCGAUCAAUUCAGCUAAAAAUCUCAAAUGGAUAAAAGUACUUGCACAUGUUCGACGUUUACAUCUCGCAGUCGUCUAUCAAGGACGUACUUAUAUUGAAAAAAAUUCGUUAGAUCGUGUCUUGAUUGAUGAUUUUUAUAAGGGUGAGAAACGUAUUAUUUCUACUGAGUUUCGAAAUGAUGGACCAAUCGAAUAUACACUUCGUCUUUCCUCAACUAAGCUCAUUCUUACAAUGCCUGAAGUCAAUCUACCUGUAAACACGAUGAAAACAGUUCCAAUUGAAAUACAAAUGUCUACAAAUCCUCAUCAAGAAUUUGUACUCUUCAUUGAUUUUGUUAAUAAUAAACGUCAAUGUCAAUUAACAUUUGACUGUCAAACAGCUGAAGCUAAAUUGACUUAUUCAACACGCACAACUGAUAUUAAGAAAAUUAUUACAAUUGCACAAUCGGUUCAAAUGCAACAAAUCUGGAAUGCAGAUCGUCAUCAAUUACUACCUAUUGAACAUGAAAUUACAUUCAUGAAUGCGAGCAAAGCUGCUGCUACUUUGAGCUACAGACGCAUUGUAUCAGCACAAGAUCCUCGAACGCCUUUGGGAUCACAAUUUCAUAUUGAACCUGAUAAUCUUAUCAUUCCACCACAAUCGAAAGUACCUGUACGCUUUCUCUACCAUCCCGUUGAUUUAGGAAAGUUCGAUGUUCAAGUAGAAGUACAAACAAAUACUUCCAUCGAUUUGAUUAGUAUUCCGUAUUAUGUUGAAUUUCAAACACCGAUCUUACAAACGAUACCACGAACUGUAAUCGAUAUUGGAUUAAUACAAACUGGAAAGAUCUUCAAAGAAAACAUGCUGAUCAUAAAAAACAUUGGACAAAGAGAACUUCGCUUUGUCAUAUCGGAUCCUAUUCGACCAAAACCAUUUGUCAAAGUAGUCGCUCUACAAGAAUCAUCAACUAUUUUAACACCUUCAUCGAUUAAUCAAACCCUACGAGUCAAUCCUAAUCAACAACGUAUAUUUAGUAUUAUGAUCGAAUGUGAUGUAAUCGACAAUAGAUCCAUAUCAGAGAUAAUUGGACUUGUCGAAUUUGAACUAAUAAGUAUAUGUGAUCCAGUAAUCGAUAUCAAUGGGACACUAGUCAAUCGUACUGUAACGAUAGUUGUCGUUGGGCAUACGUUACCAUUACGUGACUUUGCCUUACCGAAAGAUCUCAAUCCAAAUUUAUGGUGCAAACUUCAACUGUUGCCUUCAUCGUGGUUGUAUCAACUCUGUCGAGAAUAUACAGUUCAUAGUUCUUAUACUUCAUUAGUGGCACUCACAGCCAUUGCUCAUGUCUGCGGAUCACAAAAUACGAAAGAUUCAUUACCAAAGACCAAGGAUGAAUGGUCUAUGUUCUGCAUGCAUCUCCCUCGUGAUAGACAACGAACCAAUAAGGAUUUGCUUACACUUGAUUUAUUCAGUGAUGAAACUACUGUGAACACAGCCAUUGACACAUUAGUCUCACUACUUCGAUCUUCAUUUACAAAUUAUCGAUCAUUUUUUUAUCAUUCGAGUUUAUUUCAUCGUUCGUUUUCAAAUAAUGAAUCUAUUCGAUUACAACUAUUUGCUGUAAUAAAUUCUGCAGCAAAUAUCGAUGAAGCUUAUGCAAUGCAGAGCUAUUCAGCAAAACUAUGGAAUAUCUACGAGAAGUGUUCAUCUGAUGAUGCUUUUCGACAAGCCAUCGAGUUCGUACAUCAAUGUAUUAGUAAUGAUUGUGCUAUACCAGAAAGUAUCCGUAUUUUUACCAAAUUCAUCCAUCAGAUAGUUCAACCUUCAACAACAGUCGAUGUUGCACAACACUUGUUGACUGUGAUUCCAUCCAAGAGUUCUUUUGGUGAAUUGAUGAUGAUAUCAACCAAUCCAUCAGAUCUUAAAUUAGCUUUACUCCUUGCACAUUUUAAUGAUCAUGUAAAAGAAAUAAUGAUCAAAUUAAUCAAAAAUGAUUGGCAAGCGUUACUUGAUCUACAUUUGAUGUUGAUCGAACAACAAAAUCCUAUAUCAGUACAACGAUCACUACUUGAAGCAGUUAAAAGUAUGCAUACUUUAUGGAACUCAUUGAAUAUCAAUAUAAAAUCUGAUUUACUUGAAUCACUCUUCACUGAUUACACACAGUUUAUUCCAAUUCUUAAACAAGCAUCGAACAAGCAACGAGUUCAAUUAAACGAUCUGUUGACAAUAACAGAAAUAAUUUUUAAACGCUUUGAACCAUCACAAACAUUUUACUUGAUUCGAAAUGUUUUCAAAGAGAUCUAUUAUUACGAAAUCUCUCAAGCACUAAAUUCUUUUUCUUAUCUGCCUCAUCCACCACCUAACCAUCUUGUUUCACAAAUUCUUGAAUUUCGACGAACACUAAUUGGUGAUAUGAGAAAUCCUAUGAUUCAUACGGGAAAUAACGAGACAUUCUGCGAUAUACUUCGUCAACUUGUCUUAGUCACUGCCUCUCAAUGGAUUUUCAUCAAGAAAUCCAUCAACGUUGCCUAUCAUCUACUUUGUGAUAUAGGUGAUAAACAUAUAACUUUGGUAUCUGUUAUUGCUCAAGUUCUUUCUCUUCUCGAUACUCUCAAUCCUGAUAAAAAUUGGUAUUCUAUCAGACAAUCGUACAUGCAUCUCUGUUCAACACCAACAUGGGAAACAAUACUCAAAUUCAUUGAUAUUCUUCACUGUCAUCAAGAAGCUGUUCAUCUUACACAAGCUCUGACUGAUGCCACUACAGAAGAAACAAUGGCUGAAACUAUCUUAAAGCUUUGUCGUCUUGUUUCAACAAAUGACGAACUAAAGUCACUUAAUGCACAUGAACCUUCGAUUCGUCAACUUUCAUCGAACAUAUUACCAUCAUCAUCAACUGACUUCUUCGAACGAAUUCAGUCUCUUAUUCCACCAGUAAUGCAACAGAAGAUGCAUGCUUACCUAACUUUACUGCGCUUAUCAUCUCAUUCAAUACUAGACGAAGAAAGUCAACAUCUUCUAUUCGAUAAUAUUAUUGCAUCAUGGUUGACAUUGUUCGAUAUUAAUUGUGCCAAAUCUCUUCGAUUUUUCAGUGUUAUAUCGUCUAUUUUGACGUCAUUUCUCGGUCUGGUGUCUACUAGAAACAUUGCUUUUAGUCAACAACUCUAUACGACGAGUCUAGCAUCAGCACUUUGCAUUCUUGCAAAUUGUCGUCAAAAUACUCGUGAAAUAUUCACCACCAAUUCAUCAAUUGGAUCUACAAUCAAUUUUUCAUCUAUUAUCACAGCUAUUCGUGAAAGUCUUACCAAGCGUAUUUGUGUUCAUCGAAUUCCAUCAUCGAACACUGAUCAGACAAUAUCUGCUUCAUCCUCAGUAUCACGAACAGUACUCACUAGAAUGACAUCAAUCGAAUGUCCUUAUUCUGAUGAGACACUAACAAAAAUGGAAAUAUCAGUAUUGAAUUAUAUCAAAAAUCUUUCUCAAUCAUCGAUUGUCUUUGUUGAAUCUGAUACUGUUCGUGAUAUUGUCGAUGCAGCACUUGUCACUCGAACACAGGUUACUCAGUGGUAUGCAAAUUUUAUCACUUUCAAUGUACUUGUGCACUAUCGAUCGAAUUCAAAUGACUUAAAUCAAAUCAAAGUAGGUCAUGAUAUUAUUCAAUAUGGUCUUCAACUACUUCGUCAUCUUUUUAUUGCAAGAAAAAUUCUUGAACCUACUUUUGCUCAUGUUGGUGUUCGAUUUUUGAUGAAAGAAUUAAUACAAAUAGAAAAAUGUUUACUUUCGUUAGCUCUUGAAAAGUAUCCAAUGAUGCUAAAGGUUCUACGUCAAUUGAAUGUUGAUGUCAGUCGAAUUAAAGUUGACUUCAAACCUCCUUCAAAUUCCAUUGCUCCGAAAGGUCGAUCUUCGAAUCAAUCGAAAUUUGAUAUUCUUCCACAAAUAAAUACUGCUCCACAAUCUAUAGGACCGACAAGUGGAUCUGUACCUGUAAUCAACAAUAACAAUGAUGCACCAAUAACAUUCGAUGAUUGGGAAAGUGCAAUACGAACAAGCAAUAAUGAACAGUUACAAGAUGCUUUGAAAUUAGCAAAGAAAAAACAAGAAAAAAAACUAAAAACAAAGAAAAAACAACUUGUCAAUUCAAACUUUCAAACAAAUGUUCAAAAUUUAGCAACUGGAAUGUUGGAUCAAAAUACGAACAAAACAGAAGUUACUUCUAUAAGUAGUGGAACAACUCAGAGUGAUAUAUCUCCAGUCGAUAUGAGUUUAAAUCAAGAGAUUAGUAUUGAUCUACAAAUGAAAGCCAUGCAUGAACAUUUGCAAAAGCAACCAAAUCUGAUUGAAAUGUAUGAAAAAGCCGAUUCUAAAGUUGCUUCAACUGUACCCGAUGGAAAACUUGAUAAUCGCUCUGUUCUAAAGUCAUCAGAGCAGCAUCAACAAUGGACUUAUCAAUUACUUGUUGAAGUACCAGCCAUUUCACGAAUGAUUGAUCUCAUCGUGCAAGAAUUUCGUUCUCAUUGGGAAAAACUCGAUCUUCUUGAUGAACAUGAAAUUCGCUGGUGUAUCAUGAUCGAUAAUUCAGGUUCAAUGAGUAUUCAUCGAAAUGCCAUUUAUGAAGCUCUUGUUAUUAUCAUGGAGUUAUUACGUAAACUUGAAAGGAAAUUUGCUGUUGCUCGAUUUGGUACACGAACAAAUCAGAAAAUUUUGAAAAAUCUCAAUGAUCUUUUUACUAAUCAAGAUGGACAAUAUGUUCUUGAAGCAUUAACCUUCGACGAAGGAACAUAUCCUGCAACAGGAUUAGCACGUAUUGCUGAUCGUGUCUUUCCAGUUGUAGAAUCAGAAAAAUCAUCAACUACAAUUGUGCAUCGUCUUGUUCUCAUGAUCACCGAUGGUUUAACACAAGAACGAGAUGAUGCUAGUUAUUCUCGUACAAUUACAAAACAUAAAAUCAAUCUUGGUUUUAUGUUCAUCGAAACAGUCGAUCAGAAUAGCAGUCAAGUUCUACUUAAAGGUUUAACACAAGCACAAAGUUGUAUUCUCAAAGCAAACAAUAUUACUGAACUUCCUCUCAAAGUACCUCAACUUAUGCAUGAAAUGAUCAAAGCUUGUCUAACAAAAACAUCUUCAUCAUCAUUAUUAGAACAAACAAUGAAAGAAUUACCAACGAUAAAUAUCAGAGUACCAACUAUCAAUGACGUUACAUUUGUUCAAGAUGUUGCUAAUGAAAAACAAUCCUAUAUUGCAGCCAAUCCAACUUCAUACACAAUUAGUAGUCCAACAGCCAACAUUCCAAAAUUAGCUCAAAUUCGAUCACAAUUAACAAGUUAUUUAUCACGCUCAAGUGAAUACACUGAUUAUGCAUCUCAUGCCGUUGAUUUACUUCGUCAAUAUUAUCAUACACUUAAAGUCACAUCUACUAUGCAAGAUAUAGAAAAGAAAUGGAUCGGUGAUGAAUAUCGUUUUUCAGGUUUGAUCGAUGAUCUAUCGACUGUUCUUGGUGAUCUUGUCUUUCCACUUAAUAAAUUUACACGUCGUCGAGCAGCAUUACGUGGUUCAUCAUUAUAUUUACCUGGUCUAAUCAAAGCAAUGACUACUGAAUGGAAUUACAAGAAAAUUUUCAGUGCCAAAUUAGCCGGUGGUAAACGAGAUCAUGCAAUGUGCCUUGUCAUUGAUGUAUCAACUUCUAUGUUCGGUACACUUAGUAUUGGUACAAUAGAUACAAUUGUUAUACUUAUUGCUGCUCUGCGUAAACUCAGUCUAGAGAAUUUUGGUAUCAUAGUUUUUGGUGAAAAUGUUCGUUUGAUUAAGACUAGUGAACAAGCCUGGGAUACUACAUGUAUUUACACAUUGAUUCAACAGUUACGUUUUGAUCGAGAUGAUGAUACUAAAGAUGCAGAUGCUAUCGAAGCUGCCAUCGAUCUUCUGGAUCACUGUUCAGUUCGAGGUGAGAAGAGAAUCUUUAUUCUGACCGAUGGUUAUAGUAACUGUGGAAGUCGACUAUCGAUCGUACAACAACGGGCUGAAGAUCAUGGUAUUGAUCUGCUUGCUAUGGCGAUUGGUAUCGAUCAAACUAACCUUAAAUCAGUCUACAAACGUUAUUUACAAUGUGCUACACCAUACGGAUUACCAAAAGCGUUGCGAGCUCUCUUCGAAAAUGAAACUCAAUUAUUUUCAUUAGAAUGGCCACCAAAUAUAAACACGGAUAGUAACAAAACUGAUGAUUCUAUUAUUACAAUAGAUAAUCUCUUUGAUGAUAUCAAAUCGAAGAAGAUUUUUCGAGAAUUGAUUGAAGAUUUAGUUGGCCAACGCGAUUUGAUGUUAAUCAACAGUGGUCAGCCACCAUCAAAUAUGACUGUUGAUAUUUGUUUCUGUCUCGAUUGUACUGGAAGUAUGUCACGAUGGAUAUCGGCAGCUAAAGAUCAAAUGAAAAGUAUCAUAGAAGGUAUCACUAAAUUGAUUGAAAAAGAAUAUCCAUCACUCAAACUACAAUUACGUUUUGCUAUCGUUGGUUAUCGUGAUAUUGGUGAUCAACCACAAUUUUUCACUCAAGAUUUCACUGAUGAUACUAAUCAAGUAAUUAAUUUUCUUAAUACGUUAAUAGCAAAUGGUGGUGGUGAUAUACCUGAAGAUGUACUUAGUGCACUUGAUCGUUGUUUAACUUUGACAAAUUGGAGUAAUACUAAUGCUCGUUUUAUUGUUCUCAUCACUGAUGCACCUGGCCAUGGACCAGAACUAAAUGAUAAUCUCAACAUCGAUCGACAUCCUCAAGGAACUGGUAUACAUACAGUGAAAAGUAUUUGUGAUCGUCUUUUAAAAAAAGAUGCAGAAAUCGAUCUCAUGUUUUGUCAAAUAAAACCAAAAGCAACUGCUAAAAUGGAAAAAGCAUUUCAAACUCAUUAUGAUGCUCAAAAGGAUGAAACAGGCAAAGUAUUCACUACAAUUCAGUUAUUCGAUGAUAAACAACAAGAAACACAAUCGUUUCAUUUCGUCUUUGUACUUGAUGAAUCAGGUUCGAUGGCCGGUGAAUGGAAUUCUUUGCAAUCUGCUUAUGGUGCAUUUUUGACACGACGUAAUGAUGAUCAAGGUGGAGAUGAUCAUUUUAGUGUUAUUCAAUUCGAAUCUAAUGCACGAAUUAUUUGUCAACAACAAAGUCUGUCAAAUACACCUCGUUUUCUAUCUAUGAAGGGUGGUGGUACAGACUAUUGUCAAGGUUUAAAUAAAGCCAAUCAAGCAAUUGCUGCUGAUCAUACAGCCUCAUCGGUCGUGAUGAUUUUCAUGUCAGACGGUGCCGAUGGCAGUAGAGAAGAUCCUGUAGCACUCAUACGUCAAUUUAAACAGAAUUAUGGAACCAAUCAUAAAUUUGUUUGUCACACAGUUGGUUUCGGAUCUGGAAUUGCUCGAGGAAGCAAAGAAGCACAAUUACUUCAAAAUAUGGCUUCAGAUGGCGGUGGUCGAGCCUAUUCAGCACUGACCGGUGCUGAACUUCAGACUGUAUUCAAUCAUAUCGCUGCAAACAGUACAACGAGUGAUGCACUUGUCGAACGUUUCUCGGCUAUCUUAGCACAAAAUAUAAGCAUCAAAAUUAUGGUCGAUUAUCUUUGA